GCCACACGUACAACACACUAAACUGCAGCACUCGAACCCGAGUGUACAGCAGUAAGUCCAGAGUCACAGAUACCCCUCCCCCUCUAACCACCACCACCCCCCCCCCCAACUCCGCGAAGAGAGGGAGAGAGAGAGAGAGAGGAAAAGAGAAAGGAAAAGAGUUGAGAUCUGCUGGGAAAACUCACUGGCGACAGAGGCUCCGCUCCAUCUUUGAGCAGCGAAUAUCUUCACUGGGGAAUAUUCGCCUGGAUCCAGGGAUACUCUCUGUCAUGAGGGUGUUUACGCUGUGUUGUGCAAUAAUUUAUUUUAACUACCCGGCGAUUCUCUGACCUGGUUUGGAUCAUGUAGUGAACUGUUAUCAACUCUCGCUGGAUUGACGGAUCAAUUAAGCACGUUUGAUUGCCGAAGAAUCGUCCUAACCAUGAAUGGAAGACCCUGUAAUAUUAACCACAGGGCGACAGGUACUCCCCAGGCCUCAGCGUUGAUCAGCGGACAACAGAUUCCCCCCAUCAUCAUCCAGACAGAAACACCAUGCCCGUCUUCAAACAGCGCAACACCAAGUCCCGCUACUGGAAUGCUUGCGACCAACAUGCAUCCCAAACUGUUCCUCAACGGCUGCCAGCACCCUACAGUCACACCCCAAAACAGCAGUAUGCCCGAAAAUGCCAUCCAUUUACCAGCUUUAAGUCCCAGGAGGCAUGUGGCAACAAAACAUUCUUUUCAAAUACCCCAAACUCUGGGGCAUCCAACAAGCUUAUCUUCAAAACCAAAACACACGGAAUUUGGAGGCAUAUUUUCAAACAGCAGUAUAAAAGGUAGCUCUGGGUUUGGACCACAAUGCAAAGCAAUUGGGAAAAGCACCAGCAACAACCUAGUGGUGAUGAGCAGUCCCAUGACUGUCCAGAGGGCGGGACCUCUAUCAAACCAGACAAUUAUCCACAGUAACCACAUCAAUCAUAAUCUCUGUCGUCAGAUGCACCCAAAUCUAAACAUUUCUGCUUCAGAUACAAGAUCCAUUACCUCAGGUGGAUCAUUAGGCUCAUCUGCACUAAGCCUUAUAGAAAGCCAAUCAACGUUGAAUGUGAAGCAAGAGUGGCCUCAUGGUUACCCAAUCCUUCCAUCACUCCCAUCAAACCACGGUUCUCAGAACAGCAGUGAACUCGGGGAUGUGCUGAGUAUUCCACCUGGAACUGCCAUGUCAAAUAACAGCACUUCCAACUCUUUGCCAUCCUACCUGUUUGGGAAUGAGAACAGCUCUCGUAAUUCUGCCCGAUCUAACUCUGCCCGAUCAAGAAAAAGAGGUCUUUCCACCUCCCCUUUCUCGGACGGAGUUGGAAUCGACCUAAUUAUCCGUACAUCUCCCACGUCAUUGGUCGCCUACAUUAAUGGUUCCAGGGGCUCUCCAGCUGACGCUUCCCCACAGCCUGAAGUGUGUGGGCACUUCCUUGGAGUGAGAGGUAGCUGCAUCCCUCAGGCCUACAAUGCAUCGGGUAAAGAGCGUAAUCUCUUUACACUCACUGACAUUGAAGCUAGUAAUGGCGUGUACCAGAGGAUGCAACAGCUGGAGCAGUCUUCCUUGCACCCCAUGGUGAUGAACAACAUGGUUGUUCAACAGGGUAUCUCAGUGAUUGGUAAUCAGCAGUAUGACGUAUUCAAAAAUGAUCAACUGAAUGAAUUCUCAUCUGGCAUGGAAAUUCCUACACUGCCCCAGGGACCUCCACCACCUUACCAUGCCCACCAGCACCUCAUGCCCCAUUCCCAGCCACAUGGACAGCCCUCACCACAAGGAACACAGUUGGAUGAGGAUGGUGAGCCAUCGAGAGUGAAUGGAAAACAUUGCUGUCGCUGGAUAGACUGCAGUGCAAUGUAUGAUGAACAGGAAGAGCUUGUACGGCAUAUUGAAAAAGCGCAUAUAGACCAACGUAAAGGAGAGGACUUUACUUGCUUCUGGGCUGGCUGUCCACGCCGAUAUAAGCCAUUUAAUGCUCGCUACAAGCUAUUGAUCCAUAUGAGAGUGCAUUCAGGAGAAAAGCCAAACAAGUGUACGUUUGAAGGCUGCAAUAAAGCUUUUUCAAGACUGGAAAAUCUCAAGAUUCACCUACGAAGUCACACAGGGGAGAAACCUUACCUUUGUCAGCAUCCAGGAUGUCAGAAAGCUUUUAGCAACUCAAGCGACCGCGCCAAGCACCAGAGAACACAUCUAGAUACAAAACCUUACGCAUGUCAGAUCCCAGGUUGCACUAAACGGUACACUGACCCAAGCUCUCUCAGAAAGCACGUGAAGGCACAUUCCACAAAAGAACAGCAGGCGAGAAAAAAGUUAAGAUCCAGCAAUGAUCCAGACCAGGAAAUGCUGAAUGACUGUCUCACUAUUCAACCACUGCAGCCCGCAGCAUCACCACAAGAUGCUGUAGAUGGUACAAUGGGUCGAUCGCCUGGACCUCCCCAUGACAUGUAUUCAGGAAUUUUUUCCAGCACACAUUCAAGCCGAUGUGGAACAGCAACAGGCAUUAUUCCUUCCAGCCAUCCCCCAAGCCAACCUUCCCCUGUGCAUAAUGUACAAGGCAGUCCCCACAACACACAGACACAGCUCCCCCAACUUCCUGUGGUGGAAGAGGGCAAUGAGAGCAGAUUCGCAUCCUCAGCUCCUUCUCCACAUCACAUCAGUCCAAGAAGAAUUGCAGCACCUCCACCCUUAAUGCACAGGAGGACACCACAGCCACCUCAAGUUCAACAGUACUCAGGGUCUCACCUCAAACCAUACCCACCAAUCACAGCUUCUUCGGCACAAGCAAGCAGUAUCCAUGUCCAAGGUUAUUAUGGCCAACUACAGACUUUCUACCCUCCUCAGUAUAGUGAAGCCUCUAGAAAUAUAUGCCAAGCUAGCCCUCGCAAUAUGGUGCCAUCAUUUGAAGACUGUCUACUCCCCACGACUGUGGGACAAGCUGGAUUCGAUGCCUUCCACAGAGCAUUGUCUGUUCAUCCCAAUUUUCCAGCUUAUGACUUUCCAGCAACUCCCCCUGGGAUUUUUGGUGACUCUGUACGCAAUUGUCCUGAGGACAGUAGUUUUCUCCAGAUUAAUGCAAUCGACCGUUGUCCCAGCCAGCUGUCUUCCAUUUACACAGAGGGUUGAGAUCACAGAAAGGAACCACAUCGGGGAUGGAUGCUCUGAUAUGUCUUUGUUUUGAUUUGAACCAAUUUUUAAAACUUUGAUACUGAAUGAGGCUUUUCUGGUGAAUUCAGACUCUGCAUCCUUACCUCUCCCAGUUGAGAGAAACACAAUGUUCACCUUUGGUUUCUCUUUGCACAUAAAGCCAGCAUCUGAGGGGGGUGAAAAUGUAAAACCCAAAAGCUGUGUAAGUUAUGUCAUUAAAGCGAAAUACCCAGGGAAUCAAGGUACCGUCAAUCCCACCUUGGCCUCAUCAUAACCUACUGCUGAAAAAGGAAAGGGAAUCAAGUUUUAUAUGGAUUGUCGUAUGUUGCUUUAUCAAACUCUUGUCUCACUUCAGCUGAUCAGGUAAUUUUCUUUCCUCAAACAUGAAAAUAAAAAAGAGAUGAGUUUUCACAGCCAAUCUUAUUAAAUUGUACUUUCAACGCUAAGGCCAGGAACAAUGGGAAUUGUGUCUAGUGGGCAUCCCAGCCACCUGCUUCUUUUCAUUGUGAAUGCAGGAUAAAUAGAUGGUAGUCUGAACAUUAAAAACAGCAAACUACUGAAACAGGUAACAUUGCAUGUGGAGACAAGCUUCCAGAACAGUUUUUUUUAAAUUUUACUAUCUUUUAUUUACACAUGUAUUACAUAUCUCACACUUGUGUAUAUUUUCUAAAAAAAAGUUUUAUUUUUGACUUUUUAAAUCAUUUAUGCAUAAAUUUAAAUUUUUCAAGAGGGUGUUUGUUUUCCUAAGCACACUAACAAAGCUUAAGAGGGAAAAAAAUAUAUAGCUUAUUCCCUAACGCUCUGCAUUAAACAGCCCUAGGCUUCAGCAAAGGUUAAAGUCCUGCUACUCUGUAGUCAAAGAAAAGUCACAAAAUACUCCUACAAAUUUGUUUUAUUAAAAACAGAAAACACAAGUAAAACAACCUAGCAUCCUUAGACUUGAAGUAUGUGAGAUGUACGAUAUGACUUUUACUGAAACAGCAUGGAAAUUAUAAUCUAAAUGAAGGUGAAUGCUCUGUCCACCUUAGACUAAUAAAGAUAUUGGGCCAGAUCUCCCUGGAAAAGUAAUAGUUUGGUAGCAACACAUGCUGUUAUUAUUUUGCCAAUUGGCCACCAGGUUUAGAGAAAUGAGAGAUUAUGUUGUGAGUUGUGAUUCUCCAGACCUGUAGCUUAAUUUACACUGCUCUCUUAACCUCUGUUAUUACUAAAACCUUGCUAUAUAUGCACAAUAAUUGCACAUUAAGUUUGCCAUGAAAAGUUGUGAUCGGAACAGAACAAUAAAAGCACCUUUUUAACCAUGUGAUAACUGUAAGUGCAAUGCUAAAUCAACCAGAAACAGAUUAAAGCAUGCAAUCAAAUUCCUCCAUAUACCAAAUUAUUCGGAAAAGAUCUUAAACAUUUUUUUAAAAUCUCCUUUUCCUUCAUGUCAGUUCUCUCUAUAUCUUAAUCAACUUUACAUUUUCAUUUUUUUAUUUCUUCUGUUGUAUCUUAUUUGAUUCUAAUACAUUUUCCAUCUCCAUCAUCCGUUUGUUCCUUUUCUGGUCUUGCAUCUAACUGGUUGUCGACAUGGAGUGUUGGUCCUAUAUUUCACUAAUUUGAGGACCUCUACUUGUCCAUUUGCUAUCAUCUCACUGUCACCCUUGAGAUUCCAGCAAGUUAUAGUGUAAACAUUUUUAAGCUGCAGAGGGCCGAAAACAAACCAGCAGUGUAAGCUGCACGAUGACUCAGUCCAGCAAGUCCAUUUUGUUGCACAUGCCGCAAAAAUGGGUCUAAUCUAUUUAUUUUAAUUAUAUUGUUCUAUUUCUGAGGUGAAAAUAAGGAAUGAGGUGUAACACAGCAUCCCUCACAAUGCACUAUCGGAAUUAAGUAUUUUGUAUGUUAGAGUAGAAUGUUAGCAAAGAGAUUACAAAAUGCGUGGAGGAUUGUUCAGUGAUAACUCCAGUUUACUCAUACGCUACAAAACACAUUUUGUCUUGUUCUAUCCUCUUAAAAUAAUGCUCUGCUCAGAAUCGUACCCUAAUACUUCAGUUUUGUACACCUUGAAUGUGUGUAGUGUACAAAUUAUUCUAGUCUCUUCCUCAUCUAUGAAACACCUUCCUCUAUCAAAAAUGAGUUUGUAAUAACACAGAACAAUAUUCAGAGUCUCUCUGAUGAAGGGUCUAGGCCCGAAACGUCAGCUUUUGUGCUCCUGAGAUGCUGCUUGGCCUGCUGCGUUCAUCCAGCUUCACACUUUGUUAUCUUGGAUUCUCCAGCAUCUGCAGUUCCCAUUAUAACCAAUAUUCAGAGUAUUCCUUUUUAUACUCCUUGAGGACUUGUUUACUUGAAUGUUCACAACUAUUCACAUCAGUACCUGUGAUUAAAAGGCAGCAGUAUUCUGAUCAGAGGCAAUUGUACACUGAACAAAUUUUCGUUACUCUAAUCACAUAAUUUUGUGAUCUGAAACCACUGGCCAAGACAGUCCAGGAGCAGCUAUUUUGUGCAAGACAUCUGCUGAGAUACUGUCACAAAAUACUGUUUCAGUGAUAUUACAGAAAUUUAUUCUUACGGUCUAUUGUCCCAAUUUGUAAUGGAGCAGAUUUCUGAGGAAGGGUCACUUGAACUGAAAAGUUAACUGAUUUCUGUUCACAGAUGCUACCAGACCUGCUGAGCUUUUCCAGCAAUAUCUAUUUUUGUUUCUUAUAAACCAUGGGAAUUUCAAUGAUGAUUUGGUAUUUUUUACAGAAGAUUAUGCAUUAUAAAAUCCCUGCAGUGUGGAAACAGGCUCUUCAGCCCAACAAGUUCACACUGACCCUGAAAGCAUCCAAUCCAGGCCCAUCCCGCAUAACCCACCUAAUCUACACAUCCCUGAACACUAUGGGCAAUUUAGCAUGGCCAAUCCACCUAACCUGCACAUCUUUGGACUGUGGGAGGAAACCGGAGCACCCAGAGGAAACCCACGCAGACACAGGGAGAAUGUGCAAACUUUACACAAACAGUCACUUGAGGAUGGAAUUGAACCUGGGUCCCUGAUGCUGUGAGGCAGCCCUGCUAACCACUGGGCCACCUUAGUGAGAACUUGGCCAUUGAGAACCUGAAUUCAUUUAGAAACCCUUAAACUUGAACUCAAAGAGCAGCAUUGGCUAAAACCAAUGCCUAGAGUUGAAGUAUGUUAAUUAAAGAAUUUCUUUAGCAUGCAAUGAUGACACCACUUCGUCAUUGUGAAAAUAUGAUUCUUAAUUACAGAGCAUCAUGCACACAAACAUUCAAUCAGAAUAUGUUUUUGUGUAGUUGAAAGAAAGCCAGAGAAUUUAAGCCAUUGGACCAGGCUAACUCAACAAACACAUUUUUCAUAUCAAUUUAGUCGGGUGCUUGAGGGAACUGGAAGGCAAGUAAGUCAUCAAAUUGGACUUGAAGGCAGAGUUGGAGGAUAUGUGCCUUCCUGAAUUCCUGUGAAUUAAGUUAGUAGGGAGGAAAGGUGAGAGAGGUCUUGCCAAACAAAAGUCACUUGAGGACCUUAAGUGCCUCAUUGAAGGCCAUGCCCAAGAGCCACGUCUACUGCUGCUGGCUUCUUGAUUGAUCACUCUGUGACUGCCGGAGGGGCCCCUUAGCAAUUAAGGGCUAUCUCCCCAGAGACACAUAAUGUACCCUCAGCAAUGCCACCUUCCACAAGGCUGCAGCUUGCCUCUGGGUCGGCUGAGCCCACACUACUUAUGUUCCCAGGUCUUUUCCAUGGUUCUUGCAUGAUCUGACCAACUGGAGUGGUCACCAACUCAUUCGGCCUGAUGGAAUUGUAGUAAUAGGGCCCAAUGAUUGGUCAGAGCCUCUUGAAUCCUGAUGGAAACCCAAGUGCGGCAGAUCACUAGCUGAUAACAAUUGUCUGGAGGCUACGAGAAUUGACACAUUGGAUUGCCUUCUGCUUUCUGACAAUCCACUGGGGCCUACACUGCAAUCAAAUUUAGAUGGAUAUUUUGUUCAUUAUCUUUUAAUUAACAAUUUCUGUAGCUUUCUUUUUUUUCAAUGCACAAUAAUUUGUCAGUUAUACAUUUUUCUUUUACAAGUAUUUCCAUUCCAAAUUAUUCUUCAACUUUGACUCAUCUUAACUUUGCGGAUGAGACAGCAGGCAGCCAUCCUGUCACUUCCCCGAGCCAUCUUCCUGUUGUUGAUGAAUUGAGAAUUUCAGAUUUGACUGCACCUGAGUCUUCACUGACAUUGGGAACUCCAUUAGUGUUAGGCCAGAUCAGGAACUGAAUGGAGCAAGAAUUGAAUGUAGAUGAAAUCUUCAUGUCAGAAACUUUAUUCUCCUGUUACUCAACAAGACAAUAUUACCUCAGCAAUGUGAUUUUUGAAAUCAAGAGUUAUCACAUUGUUUCCUUCUAAAACGCAUUCUUUGGGACGGCCUCAGAAACCUUCCCAUCAUUCUCCCUUGCUUCCAUAGUUAACAGGCAAACCUAAUAUCACUUAACAAUUACUAAUGUACCUAAUUUUUUUGCACUGUUUUGAUUUUUUGUCAUGUCCUACAUUAACAGCAUUAAUCAUUUAUCAAAGUUUCAUGAGAUCAAAUUGUGUCUUACAAACAUUAGAAUUAAGAGCAGGAAUAAGCCAUUUGACGCCGUGAGCCCAUUCCACCGUUUGAUGAGAGCGUAGCCGUUCCUCUCAAGCUCUACUUCGUUGCUCAGCUCCAAUAACCCUUUGACUUUCACGUCAUUUAAAUCUAUCAAAGGCUGCCUUAAAGAUAUUCACGGUCAGAGGUCACACAACACCAGGUUAUAGUAGAACAAGAUUUAUUUGAAAUCACUAGUUUUUGGAGCGUUGUCCCUUCAUUAAGCGAAGCCUGACCACCUGAUGAAGGAACAACACUCUGAAAGCUUGUGAUUUCAAAUGGUUAUAUGAAUAGGAACUGUUGGGGGGAUAUGAGCCAAAUGCUGGCAAAUGGGACUAGAUUAAUUUAGGAUAUCUAUUCGGCAUUGAUGAUUUGGACCGAAGUGUCUAUCUCGAUGCUCUAUAACUCAAUGUCUCCAUGAGUCUAUGACUCUACAAGUCGCAUCAAACAUAAAGAAUCAUGUGCCAUAUCUCCAUACUAUGAGAGCCCAGUCAUUGUCAGAUACACCCUACCUUCUGCAACAUGUAAAAAGAUUUCUUUGCUUGUGGACUCCCAUGUUCAGUCUGGCACAGAUGCUGCUUUGCUCAUCUUUCUAGCUUUGAUCAUUAUUUUACAUAUUUCUUAAUAAAUAGCUCUAUCAUUGUUUCUCCUAGAUGGCUUGCAUUAUUCUCACUGGCAAUGCUAUUAUAUUUUCCCAAUGAGGAUUUUAAUGUAAUAACAAAAUAUAGGAAUGAUGCAUGAUAGUAACUUUUUUUUAAGCAAAACCAUUUUGUACAUAUGUUAGAGCUUUCUGCAUAAUAUAGUUCUGGAAGCACUUUCAAUAGGAAAUGAUGUGAAAAUCAAUCAUGCUUUGGCAUGGUUUUGUAGAGCUUGUAUAUAUUUAAUUGAUCUUCACAUGUAGAGUUUUAAUGGCAAAUUUGGUUGUAUAUUUGGUUAAUUUUUUUGCCCAAUUAUGACAUCCUGUAAAUUGUGGGCUACAGCUUGAAUUCACAACAGGAUAGAUUAAUGGCUACAUUUUCAUUUACAUACAUAAUGUAGUCUUGUGGUCUAUUAUAGCUUUGAUAAAUUAUUUUUCCUUUUGUUUAUAUUAUUCUUUUGCUAUAAUAGUUCAAUACUUCAAGCACAAAAUAAAUUACAGAAUUGUUCCCCUGAAAAUGGUGCAAGGUCGAGACUGGAAAUCUGUCAGCACUUAAACACCUGAAAUACUCCAGUAGAAGAUGUACUGAAUAAUAAAGCAGUUUUUUUCCCACUUGUUUUAUCAUUAUUAUUGUGUAUUUGUGCUACUUCUUUAUGUAAUCAGAAACAGUAAAAUGCUUUGAGGACAUUCCUAAUGAGUUAAAUAAAAACAAAUUGAGCCAAAGUUCUAGGACUGGAAUUUAUUAGGAAUGUAAAUUAUAUUGCUGUGAAAUAACUGUCAUAAAACACACAGCACCUGGAGUCAACAUUUUUGUACUU